AUGCAGUACAAGGCCCUCACGCUCUCUGCCCUUGCGGCCACCGUCGCGGCACAGUCCUCCAGCACAGCAGUCAUCACCAAUGCGUCGAGCUUCAGCAGCAUCGUUGCCGACUCCAGCUCCAGCCCUGCCCCAUCCUCUACAGGCGUCAACACCGCCUCUGUCCUCAACAUCCUAGCCACCGCCGUCCCCACCUCCCUCGCCGGCCUCUACCUCACCAACUCCCAAUCUGCCGAGCAACUCGUCGCCUCCCAGCUCUCCGCCGGCUCGACACCCGCCUGGUUCGCUUCCCUGCCCUCAGGCGUGCAGACCUACCUCCUCGGCGGUGCCGCAUCAGCCGUCGGCGGCAACGGCACCACGCUUCUCCCAGGCGCAGGCGGCAACGCGACCAUGGGCUUCAACUCCAGCAGCACCGUGAUCGGCGGCACCACUCGCACGAACGCGGCGGGCAGGACGACGGUUGUCGGUGGCACGACGACCAGGCAGACGGGCGGCAGUGGCGGACAGCAGACCAAUGGAGGUGGAUCGCAGCAGACUUCUGGGUCCGGCUCGGGCUCUGGGUCGGGUGCAUCGAGCAGCUCGACUGGUGGUGCGGCGUUGCCGACUGCGAUGGUUGGUGCGGGGCUUGCUGGUGCCGUUGGUAUCGUUGGGCUCUUCGCGUUGUAA